AUGAAUGCAGUACUGAAGGCUGCAAAAGUCACGUUUAAAGUGACGCUCACAUCGGACCCAAAGUUGCCGUAUCGAGUGGUGAACGUACCAGAACAGGCGCCAUUUACAGCGGUGCUUAAGUACGUUGCUGAGGAGUUCCACGUCCCGGCGGCUACUAGUGCUAUCAUCACUAAUGAUGGUAUUGGCAUUAACCCAUCCCAGAGCGCUGGCAAUGUGUUUCUAAAGUACGGCUCGGAACUGCGCCUGAUUCCACGUGAUCGUGUCGGGGGCUGCUGA